CGUGUGCUAAGUUGCAGCAGUCGUGUCAAAGUUCACUAUAUAGAGAAGCUCAGCGAGCUGAUCAGAGAGAAAGCAUUCUGCCAGCCGUGCUCCUCUUAAGCCCAAAACCUCCGACCGCCUUUUUAACAUAUCUCCACACUUUGAUUCGCCUUUCUUGAACCGCGCUUGUAUCCUUUUUUUCAUCGAACGGAAGAAAAAAAGGAAGACACCACGAGGAGGAUUCUAGGAAAAUCAUCACAUUUGCUGGCUCAAGAAGCGGAAUUUUUCCUUCUCGGUGGAGAGAAUUAUUCCAGACUCGCACCCGGAGCUUGUUGGUCCACGUUACAGCGCCGGUGUUCUCCAUCCUCGCCCCCCCUUUCCUACCCUCCUUCCUCCUCCUCUUCCUCCUCCUCCUCCUCCUCCUCUUCCUCCCUCCAAAAAGCCAAGCCGGUCCAUGCUGCUUGCGCGCUCUCGUCCCGGCACUCGGCCCACCUUCCCCGCCGACGGGGGUGCUGGAUGGCCGGCAGUAGGAGCCCCCUUGACUCGGCCUCGCUGGUGAGAAGCAGCCUCCCCCUCGUCGUCUUCUUCCUCCGCCUCCUCGUCGUCAUCGAGUCGACUCAUUCCCGGAGCGGAGCGUCGAGCGCGGCGCCUCGGCUGUGGUGACAUUUUCCCCCGUUGGCGUGUGGAACGACGACCCCCCCACCCCCCUUCCAAAAGGUCAACAAAGAGACAAAACGGCCAAGCAAAAAGUUUCCCCCCCCGUUGACUGAGAGGCAGAUAUGGCAAUGGUAGUGUGGAGAGGCUCCCAGGACGACGUGGCGGACACCCAGGGCGCCCUCUCCUCGCAGACCCAAGGCGGGCUGGCGCUGGGCAACGCGCAGCCGGGCCAGCUGGGUCUGACGGCCGCGCAGGUCGCGCCGCCGGCCCCGCAGACCCCCGCGCAAGGCGGCCCCAACAACGGACAGUCGGCGCCCGGCGGUGGACAGGGCGCGCAGCAGCAGACCGAUAAGCAGCCACAGCACAUCGAGUGCGUGGUGUGCGGGGACAAGUCGAGCGGAAAGCACUACGGCCAGUUCACCUGCGAGGGUUGCAAGAGCUUCUUCAAGCGCAGCGUGCGGCGGAACCUGACCUACACAUGCCGGGCCAACCGGAACUGUCCCAUCGACCAGCACCACCGCAACCAGUGCCAGUACUGCCGCCUCAAAAAAUGCCUAAAGGUCGGCAUGAGACGGGAAGUCUCUCUUUUUACUGCAGCCGUGCAAAGGGGACGGGUGCCGCCCACGCAGCCGCACCACGGCCAGUUCGCGCUGACCAACGGGGACCCGCUGCACUGCCACUCGUACCUCUCGGGAUAUAUCUCGCUGCUGCUGCGCGCGGAGCCCUACCCGACGUCCCGCUACGGCAGCCAGUGCAUGCAACCUAACAACAUCAUGGGCAUCGAGAACAUUUGCGAACUGGCGGCGCGCAUGCUCUUCAGCGCCGUGGAGUGGGCCCGGAAUAUCCCCUUCUUCCCGGACCUGCAGAUAACCGACCAGGUGGCCCUGCUGCGACUGACGUGGAGCGAGCUGUUCGUGCUCAACGCGGCGCAGUGCUCCAUGCCGCUGCAUGUAGCCCCGCUGCUGGCUGCAGCCGGCCUGCACGCCUCACCCAUGUCGGCGGACCGCGUGGUGGCCUUCAUGGACCACAUUCGGAUCUUCCAGGAGCAGGUGGAGAAGCUCAAGGCACUGCACGUCGACUCGGCCGAGUACAGCUGCCUCAAGGCCAUCGUGCUCUUUACCACAGACGCGUGCGGCCUCUCGGAUGUGGCCCACGUGGAGAGCCUACAGGAAAAGUCCCAGUGCGCCCUGGAGGAGUACGUGCGCAGCCAGUACCCCAACCAGCCCACCCGCUUCGGCAAGCUGCUUCUGCGCCUGCCCUCGCUGCGCACCGUCUCCUCGUCGGUCAUUGAACAGUUGUUUUUCGUCCGCCUGGUAGGUAAAACCCCAAUUGAAACGCUCAUCAGGGACAUGUUGCUGUCGGGGAGCAGCUUUAACUGGCCUUACAUGUCCAUUCAGUAAAGAAGACACAAGAUGGGGAGAGGGUGGUGGCUGUGGUGGUGGUGAUGAUGAUGAUGAUGAUGGUGGUGAUGGCGGUGUGUGUUGUGAGGGAGGGGCCGUUGGCUGGAGAUGACUAUUCAAUGAUUUUAGCUGCUUCUUUUUGCUCAGAAGGAAUAUUGGAAGGACAAAAAACUGAUUAUUCCUUCCUCCUUCCACUCCCCCAGAAUGGACAUUAAUUUACUGACUGACUGAACUGAAAAGUGUUGUUUUUUUUAAUGAAAGCAACAACAGGAACAAAAAAGAGGAAACAUGGGAUUUCACUGAGGAAAUUUUAAGUAUUAAGUGCAUUUUUUUGUUUGUUUAAAAAAAGGAAGGGAAUUUUGUUUGUAUUCACUUGUGUCCUAUGUCCAAAUGUAUAGUUGUGCGUGUGUGUGUGCGCGUGUGUUACUUCCUCUAUUUUUUUCUCUGGUUCCAAACCGGCUUAAUAUGUGUCUGUGUAGUACACAGGUGGUUGUGUUAUUUUUCAUUCAUUUGGAGAAUAAUGUGUACAAACAAAAGAAACAAAAAGUGAGGAAUUAAAACCACAGCAAUAGGAGUUGUUCUAGACUUAAAAGCUUCAUGCUUGCAAGCGCACUUAUGUUCCCAACUAGUGAGGCUCAUGAGCCACAAAGAAUGAUAUCGUGUUAUUUGUUUAACAAUUGGCAGCCUUAAUCUCCUUUAGUUUAGAAUAUUAGAUCUAUGAAUUAUGAUUCCUGGGGGAGGUCAUCCAAGUUUUAAAGCCAAGCCGAUGUGGUGUUUAAUAGCAGUAUUAAAUGACUAAACAAUAAAACAAACCCUCCCCUUUCUCAGAAUUAAGUGCCUGACAAGCAUGACGUGAUUUCUCGACAGUAACGUGUUGGUGGGGGGAACGGUCAGUUUCCCCCCUGAUGUGCACCCUUAAGAUGAGUGAAUCGGCCGUGCAAGCAUGCCGAUGUGAGGCAGUAUUGUUGUAAAUAUAGGUCAACUUGUUUCUUUUCUACCAGCUCUUAUGUGGCCGAGAGCAAAUCUGUGGUUGCCAUCUUUUUCGCUCGUCUUUCCAACCGAGUAUCGGACUCAGUAGCACUGACGAGUUCUGUACAUACAUAUUAUUAUUAUUGUUAUUAUUAAUUACUAUGAUUAUUAUUAUUAUUAUUAUUACUACAACCACAUUUUAUUUUGUUUUUCUUUUGUUUUUCUGUUGUUUCCGUUUGUUUGUUUGUUUGUUUGUUUGUUCGUUUGUUCGUUUGUUGGUUUCAUGUAUAUUUAGACUGUGAAUGCAUGGCCACAGGUCGCUAACCUAUUUUACCCUAUUUGCUAUAUAAAUGUAAAUGUUCAUUCUUUUUAUUGAAGGGUGGGAUGAAUUGAGGGCGGGGGGAAGCUGUAUAGGUAUAAUCUGUGCGUUCACUACACACGAUCCCUUGUAUUUAAACACACACAUACACACGCACACUAAAAAAAAGACAUAUGUGAAAGUUCAUCAUCAUAUGAGGACUGAAAACAGGGUGAGCAGGACUUUAGGGGUGCUAGGACGCGAGUGUGUGUGCUUUCGUGCGUGCGUGCGCGCCUGCGAGCUAGUGAGUGUGUUUGUGUGCAAGUUUUUGUUAAAUUGUUCAGAGGCCACAAUUACUCACACGUUAAAAAAAUCAUAAUGAAAAACGGGAUCACACACACUCUCUCUUUCUCACACAUACACGUGGACCAGAGAAUGAUACAUGAUUGUAAUUAUGAACCCACCUUUUUUAUAUAAAUAUAUAAAAAAUAUAUGACUGCAGGGUAUUGAUAACGUAUAGAUCCUUUUUUUAAAAUGAUGAUCAUGAUUAUGGUUUCAUUGCAAGUGAUACCUGUGAGCGUAUGCCUGAGCGUGUGUGUGCGCGCGCGCGUGUGUGAAAGUUUCUAAUAGUUGAACACGAUUCUUGUUCGUUCGUUUGUUUGUUUGUUUUGUGUUAGCUUAUUGUACAACGAGCAUUCUGCUGUAAAUUUGUUCUUGGUAUUAAAUUAUAAUUUAUGAAUUUGAUAUCUUUUCAUGGCUUUUAUUUCCUCACUCCCUUGUGAUGGAUGAAUGGAUGGAUGAGUGUGGGAAGGGUCCCUCUCGCCAUUUUAAUUGGGAUGAAUGCAGUGUUAGCUAUAUUUUAUCUAAUUUAUUUCUCAAGCAGUUUCUGUAUUAGACUCCUCCCACCCACACCCCCAAAAAAGUCCACUAAAAACACAAUAAUUCUCAAAUUUCCAAGAAACAAAUAGUUGUAAAUAGUUUAAAUAAAAAUUAGUCCUGUGGUUUAUUCGCUAAUAAGUUAAACUUUUACGAUUUAUGCUGCUACUUUGUUACGCAUGCGUGCAUACUUAAAUGACGAUGAUGAUGGUAGUGAUGCUGGGAGUCAUUUAUCCAAUGUCUGAGAUCAAAAUGAUGUGUUAAAAUCGUAAAUCACGCACAAUCACGACAGUUGUGUCAGCUAGAUGCACCUUUAAGAAAGUUAUUUUUUCUUACCACUACAAAACAACAACAACAACAACAACAACACUUGGAUUAAACUGGCAUGCCAAUUUUAUUUAGGCAUUGUGCGUGAGUGACGUUGGGACAAGAGGGGCGAGAUUUGUUUAAUCUCAAAAAGAAGUUUAGAGAAUAAUCCAUCAAAAAAGGUUUUUAUUCAGACUAUGAGUUGACAGUUAUCAUUGUGAAUAUAUGUAAUCAUUGCUCCCCCUGAAAAACUAACAACAACUGAUUAUCACAUAAAAUUCCACCUGUUGUCAUGCCUAAAAUUCCACUUCGUUGGAAUUAUGAUUAAAAACACUUUACAAUUUUUAUAUUUGUUGUCAACACAAAACGUACAAGAACGUCCCUAACUAUUUUGAGGCAAAUAUCUGUAACAUGUCUUACUUGACCAUAGCGAUGAUUCAUUUACACGCCGGCACACACAGUCUGUCAUGCAGGCUAGAAAUGUAAGAAAACAUUGCCAUCUAGCCGCAAUGCUCGAAAGUGCAGCCACCUCGUGGUGCUUGGGAGCAAGAGUUCAUGACACGUACACAUUCACGCAAGGUCAACCACCCCCUACCGCCACCACCUCCGUGUGUGGUUGUGCACGUCAAGAUGCAAACUUCACCGAAGUUUAUUAAGUAGGCCUACAGCCAAUAAAAGACACCCGUAGAUGUCAAUGAUAUACUGAGUGAAGUUUGCAUUAUUCUAUCGAGCAACACGGUGGACUAAAAUAUUAAGAGCAACUUUUGCAAGUUUGUUAGUAGAGGCAAAAAUGUUGCAAUUAAAGUAUGCAGGUAUACCUAUAAUAAUUUGGAAAGGUCCUCUUAUUGUAUGUCUAUUUGAUGCAAACAUUCACUAUUAAAAAUAAUUUUAAAAAAUCAUAUUUAUGAGCAAUGCUCGUUCACACAAAAAUGCAAACUCACACAAUUUCAAUACAACAUUGUUCACUGUGCGUAUUGAAUUACAUGUAUUGGUUGACAUGACUUACUUUAAGGCAUAAUAAUAAUAAUCUCGACGACAUGUUAGCUUGUAUGCACGAUGAGGCGCCACAGAUACGACAAUAAACUCAUUUUUGAGUUGAAAACCAAUGAAAUUGUGCAUUAAAGGCUGAAAGGAGUUAGUUUUCCAUUCAAAUCACACAAACCACUAUUAUGCACUCUUACAUUUGCAAUUAUGGAAAAAAAAGACAACCUUGAUUUUCGUUAUGCAUUUUUACAAUAGGUGGAGGGAAUUUAGAUUUAUGCACAAAACACGAUAAUACACCGUGACAGUCAUUGAAGCACGUGCAUGCAACCUUUAAUUCGUUUUAGAAAAUAUUACAACCUUGAUUUGUGCUUUCUCAUUGUACAAUAGUAAAUACUGUACAAUUGUUUAAAUAUAUAUAUAUAUAUAUAUAUAAAUAAUAAUUAAAAAAAAAAAAACACUGUGAAGACCAUUUGAAAUACUGCAUACACUAAAUAAACACAUGCGCGCGCACACACGGUCUGACACUCUGUAUUAUUUAUAAAGGCCUGCAUUAACAAGGGUGCUUAUACAUUACCGUGGUCAGAAUGACACUUAAAAGCAUUUUAAAGUCAUCAAUAUAAAAUAUUAGGGUACAAUAUUAACUGCAACCAUGCAAGUAAUCAUUAUGCAAAC